UACUCGAAUCAUUCAGCUUCAACCCGUCGCUUUUGUUCGAAGUCAGUCGAUGUGCUUUUUCUUGCCUUGAAAUUUUUACUUAGACCACGAAAAAGUAGUAAUAAUAAACGUAGCUACUGUAACGGCAAAAGAAAGAUGGAUAUAGACCGUAUUUGAUAAUUUGGUGGAUCUGAUUUGGGAAUUGGGAGGAACAGAAGUAGGCAGGAGAAAGGUGGGCUGUGCUUGCCCGUGGGGAUUACUUGGUAAAGCAUCAAGAAUCGAAUCGAAUCGAAUCGAAUGGGUUCUUGCUAUUCAUCAAUUACAGGAAAGAGAAAGGACACGGUGGAAGUAGUUAUGAUAGAGGCUGCUGCUUCAAACUCUUGUACGUGUGCGGCCAUAUCAUCAAUUUCUAUUUCGUCUUCCGCUGAUAACAAGAAGAAGACUAAGAGGCAGAGUUCGGGGAGGUGGAAAAAGAAAUCUGCUGCAGCUUCAGAUGAAGGUGAGCUGCUCCGUCAGAUGAUGAUUCCCGAGAAUGAGAGGAUGGUUAUGAACGGCGCCAGCAAAGUCGCCUGCUUAUAUACCCAACAGGGUAAGAAAGGAACUAACCAGGAUGCCAUGCUUGUUUGGGAGAAUUACAGUUCAAGAAGCGAUACUAUAUUUUGUGGGGUAUUUGAUGGUCAUGGUCCUUUUGGUCAUAUGGUUGCGAAGAAAGUCCGGGAUUCUCUUCCACUGAUACUAUGUACUCAAUGGAAAACCAAAUCCAGUGGUGACCAGAGCAGCCUUUGUAAGACUGAAAAUGAUCAUGAAAGCAUGAACACAGAGGAAACUGCAUCUCAAAACAUGGAUGAUGAAUGGUAUGAGACGUUGGAGGUCGAAGCUAUCGAAGAACUCCCUGAAAUGUAUAUGCCACUUAAGCAGUCUAUGUUAAAGGCUUUCAAGCUAAUGGAUAAGGAACUAAAGUUACAUCCUACGAUUGACUGUUUCUGCAGUGGAAGUACAGCGGUUACUUUAUUAAAGCAGGAUCAGGAUGUUGUGAUUGGAAAUGUUGGAGACUCGAGGGCAGUGCUGGCGACAAGAGAUGAAGGCAAUUCUUUGAUUGCUUUACAAUUGACUGUGGACUUGAAGCCUGAUCUUCCAGGGGAAGCUGCUAGGAUCCAGCGAUGCAGAGGAAGGGUCUUUGCUUUACAGGAUGAGCCGGAGGUGGCACGUGUAUGGUUGCCUAAUAAUGACUCUCCUGGUUUGGCGAUGGCUAGAGCUUUUGGAGACUUCUGUCUGAAAGAUUUUGGUUUAAUUUCCGUCCCAGAUGUUUACUAUCACCAUCUUACAGAAAGAGAUGAAUUUAUUAUUCUUGCCACUGAUGGGGUAUGGGAUGUCCUCUCAAAUAAAGAAGCUGUAGACAUCGUGGCUUCAGCCCCUGGUCGGUCAACAGCAGCCAGAGCUCUUGUGGACUGCGCUAUUCGGGCAUGGAGGCUUAAAUAUCCCACUUCCAAGAAUGAUGAUUGUGCUGUUGUAUGCCUCUUUUUAGAAGAUGUACCUGCAUCCAGUGAGGCCGUGGCAAACAAUGAUAUGAAAAAGACUGCUCAAGAGACAAUGGAGAGGGUGACAGUAACAGAUGAGAAGAUGGGGGGUUUCGAAGUCAAUGAUUCGAAAAAUUAUUUUCUCGAGCAUUCAGGUACACUACGAGGCUCUGAAGAGAUUAUGCCCGCCUCUGAGUUUACAGAAGAAAAGGUUUCUGCAAAGUUCGAGUCCCAAUCUAAGAGGAGCCUAGCCGAGUGCAUCUCUACUGCAGAGGACGAGGAGUGGUCAGCCUUAGAAGGUGUUACCCGGGUUAACAGUCUGCUAAGCCUUCCCAGGUUCUUGUCUGGUGAUAGAAAAGCAGCGAGUUGGAGAAAGUGGCUAUGAUACUCUAAGUGCUUAUCAAGCCUUCAUUUUACCUCAGCAAAAUGGAACUUCAAUUAUUUUUUCAUCACCAUCAAAACCCUGUUUUCAAGGAAUAUUAUUCAUGGCAGAGAGAGAAUCUGUAGGUUUCGAACUGCUGAUGCAGAUUGGCAGGUACCAGAGAAUUCCUAAGAAGUCAGUGAGCCAUCAUAUGUUAGGACUUCCAUUAGGUUGGGUGUAAUUUUCACUGGAAAAAAAAAAUGGCCUUGCAGGUUUUGUUGGUAAUAAUGCUCUAAGGUACACUGUAGUUUGGUGAAAUCAAAGAUUUGGCUAUUAAAAUACAUUCCUUGAAGCAGUUUACUAAUUGGCAGGGGGGAGAGGUCUUAAAGCUUUACGCUCCCGCUUGGCUUUUGUUGUGAUCAAGAGCUGAUGAUCUAUUAGACAUAGACCAUUCUGGUGUAUGCCGGUAGUUUACAAUUUCUAGUGUCCAACAUUGUUAAGUUUAUGUAAUAGAUUUUACAAGUGAAAAUUACUGCAGUAGUGAAAAUUACUGCAUAGAUGCUGUUAGCCAAAACAGCAUCGUUUUAGCUUUAGUAGGUCUAAACAAAACAACAUCGUUUUUAACUUUAGCUGACGCCGUUAUAAAACUACCGUCACAGACUCACAGCAAAGUUGCAGGCAGCACGUGAAUUUGAAUUUGAUAUAGAGUGAUAUAUAUUUCCGAGUUUCCAACCCACCGUUCCACUUGCUCUUCCCUUGUUUUCUUCUCAGAUACCCUUCAUUUCCUUCAUUUCUUUCACCCUGUAAUCCUUGAAUUGUUGCUUUCUGUGAUCUUAAUCAUCGUAUUUCGAUAAUGGGUUUUUCGUUUAUGUGCUUAGAUUAUUGGACGGUGCUGAAGGAGAUCCAAGAUUUGUGUAAGAAUUCCUCGUUGGCUUCACCGGUUUUCAGAUGCAGGGCCGGGCUGAUAGUUUUAGUGGAAACUUCGUACCCAGAAAAAUAUUUUCUUAUUUUGACCAUGUCAACACUAGCGUAGAACUUCCUUGUGGAUUCUUGAAGAAUUUUCCAAUUAGUAAUUGCAGUUAGUUUUGUGCCAGAAUUAUAUGGAAUUAAGGUUUCUUCUUUUUUUCUUU